AUGAAGCUGCAAUCCAAGGCACUGGGCCGAGCUGCCAAGAAAGCCGAAAAGGAGGCAGCUACCUACCAGAAAAAAGCCAAGGAGGUUUUGAAGAAGAACAAUGAGGAAGCUGCUAAGAUGUAUCUUAUGAGUGCAGCUGCCAAAACAAAAGAAGGUAAACUUUUUUUCAAUUUAGCCCAAAACUGCGAACGAACUGCAAUGAAGAUGGAGUUCAUGUGCGGGCAAAUAAAAUCGAUGAGAAACAACGAGGCAUAUAUUAAUGCCUUUUCGGCAUUGACCCAGGCCGCCACCCAGCAGAUGGGCAACUUCGACGCAGCCACUAUGGCCAACCAGAUGGAGGUCUUCAACAACAAAAUGGAUGAAAUGAUGAUUAAUGGCAAGAUGAUCACCGAAAUCAUGAACACCAACGAAACACAGACCGAUGGAAUGGUCGAAGAGAUGAAAGAGGCCCUUCAGCAAGAGAUUGCCCUUGAGGAGAAGAAUAAAUUAAUGGAGCAGGUGAAGAAAGAAUAG